AUGGUUCAAGGAAGCACUACAUGUGUUAUAUCUUCAGCUGCCGCAGAGAAAACCCACUUCAAGUCGCCUUUCCCUGAUGAUACCCCUAUCGAAGACCUAGAUUUCCACAAUAAUUCAACGCCUCUGGCCCUUCUCCUGCAACUGCAAAUCUCAGUGCUUGACAUUGGUUGUGGUAAACUAAUCGUCAAAGGUAGAGUCAAGAUAAAGCAACACCAAGAAAUCAGUCACUUCGAAAAAGAUGGGAUCAUGUUCAAAGACAGCUCCAAGCUUUCAGCAGAUGCCAUUGUCAAUGAUUACCACAAGAAGUCUUCUUGGCAAUGA